AUGAAUUUCAUAGUAAUAGAAAUCCAUGUCCUACCGAGACAGAAUUUCGAACUUGCUAUCCUCUUGCCUAAUAGGCAAAGAUUGACCUCUGUAGAAAGACUGAUUCAUUCGGAUCGAUAUGAGGACCCAACUCCGUUGCAUUGCCAGAAUCCAUGUUCCAUAUUUGAAGCGGGUUGA